UCCAGCUCAGCCAGUGUCACGAUAGCUGCGAAGAGACGAGGUUCAUUUGCGACUAAUCGUUCUUCCCGAGAAAUAUUUGCUAGGCUUUUACGUCUUGUGAAAUCCGCAAGGCUACUUCGUUGUGACCUUGACAUCGAUCAUGUAUAAAACACAACUUGUGCUUGUCACGGCUGCUGCCGUGGGUGCUGGCACAGCUGUUUUUGUUACCUGGUGGUGGUGGGCUAAGGAGAAGAAACAGAAGCCGCCAUCAAAAUGGCAAAAGGUCGGAGAACUGAGUGAUAUAAUGGUAUUUCCGAUUAAAUCGCUCGGCAUAGUUCGCAAGAAAGAAAUGCUGUGCACUAAAUUGGGUCUGAAAUCGGGUUGGAUGAAAGAUCGAACAUUGAUGGUCAUCGAUCAUGACGGACGAUUUCUUACCGCCAGACAGUUACCCAAAAUGGUCAAUAUAUCACCCGAAUUUUCCGAUUCUAUAUUGACGCUUCGCGCUCCGGACGUCAUAUCGAUAUCGAUAGAUCUUUCUCAACUUUGUGGCAAAAGUUUCCGAGCCAUUAUUUGGGGUGAUGCGGUACUGGCGCGUGAUUGUGGUGAAGAAAUUGCUCGGUGGCUGUCACGUUUCCUUCUUCAAGAGGAUACCGGUCUUAGAUUGGUCUACUAUCCAUUAGAUCGAUCGGCGAGAAAAAUAAGAAAACAAUACUUAAAUUACUUUCCGUUACUAACAGCGACGGAUACCGGAGUCUAUCCAGAUCAAACAAGUUUUACUCUGAUCAACGAAGCUUCGGUAGCAGACCUUAAUAAUCGAUUGGAUGAACCUGUUACGCCGCUGAAUUUCCGCAUGAAUUUCGUAGUCAAGGGCCCCUCUGCUUAUGAGGAAGAUAAAUGGGACUGGGUGAAAAUCGGAGAUGUGAUUUUGAGAAAUCUUAAACCAUGCACAAGAUGCAUUUUGACUACGGUGAAUCCAGAAACUGGAGUAAAAAAUACCAAACUUGAACCUUUGAAAACUUUAAAAAGUUACAGACAGAUAACCGAUCCAAAAAUUCGACCUGCUAUUGGCGACAGUCCAGCUAUGGGAAUUCAUCUUGGUCUGCGAGGAUCAAAUGGAAUUGUUCGUAUAGGCGACCCAGUUUAUGUGGGUAUCCCAGAGGAAGAAGCACCGUCUUCAACUUCAUCAUCAUAAUUACACCGUUAAGAUUCCUACGACAUUUAAAAUACGAACAGGGCAUUGACUUGAUGGUCGAAGGUAAGAAAGUUUGAAAAGCGGAAUCCUCAAUCAGUAAAUAUGAAAUAUUAAAAAAAAAACAUUUAUAUCAUGCAUACAAUUUUGUGAAUAAGAUAUUCUUAAUUAAAAAUGUAUAUAUGAUUGAGAUCUUUCUCUCAAGUAAUAUAAUAUUGAAAUAUAAAAUUAUAAGGAAUACAAUAGGUGCCUACAAAUGCAAUAAAUGAUGUAUAAUCGUUAUCUUAUACAAAAUAGUAAAUUCCGUACUAUGAGGAUAAAAAAUAAAUAACGAUGCGGAAUUAAAUAAUCCUAAUUUUGUAAUCGAUUUAAAUCUUUUCAAUUUUUGUGUCAUGACUUUCUCGAAAUAUAAUAUUGAAAUAUAAAAUUAUAAGGAAUACAAUAAGUGCCUACAAAUGCAAUAAAUGAUGUAUAAUCGUUAUCUUAUACAAAAUAGUAAAUUCCGUACUAUGAGGAUAAAAAAUAAAUAACGAUGCGGAAUUAAAUAAUCCUAAUUUUGUAAUCGAUUUAAAUCUUUUCAAUUUUUGUGUCAUGACAUUGCGAUAAUGGUCAAACAAUGUAAUUUAAAAAUUGUGAA